AACUUCACCGCCCCCUUCUCUCUCUCUCUCUCCCUUCGUUUUCCUCUUCUUCAUCACUCUUGUUUUGCGCGUGUGUGAUAUGUGAUGUGAUACACGGGCUGUAAUCGUUCUAAUGGCUCUCGUCGACCAUGGACGAUGAUUUUGUUUCGGUUUUUCCAUUCGCAUCACGGGAAUAUCGCUCCAGCGUCGACGCAGUCCAUGAGCACUAGAGGUUUUUCGCUUCCUUUGACUGCUGAAGGAUAUUUUUGCAUGUCGAGAGACUGAAGAGACCCGGAGGACACGUUCAAUGCCGUUGGAACAUGUCAUAUGUUCCCUUUCAAGAUGCGAGGUAUGCUGCCCCCCCCUCCUACCGACACCAGCCCUCCUUCGCUGCUGCUCCCUCCUACGAGCAACCCGACUGGAAUCCUCGUCUGUGUGUGAUCAGUGGAAAUCAGCUCUACAUGUUGGACCAAGAGGAGGUUCACCCUUUGUUGAUGCGCGAGCAGCGCUCGGAGUCACACAGGAACAAGCUGCUGCGACGGACGGUCAGCGUGCCUGUGGAGGGGAGGCACCAUCCUGAAAUGGAACAAGCUCGGCUCCGGCGGAAAAGUAUCGCCACCGGCAAGCAGCCAAGCAUGGAGAUCCCACCCACUGCCCCCCCACAACCUUUCCGACAAUCCAGUUUUCUCAGUAGACGACUGAAAGGGUCCAUUAAGCGGGCCAAGAGUCAGCCCAAACUGGACCGAACCAGCAGCUUCCGCCACAUGAUCCUCCCUCGUUUCCGCAGCGCCGACCAGGACCGGACUCGUCUGAUGCAGAGCUUCAAAGAAUCACACUCCCAUGAGUCUUUGCUGUCUCCCAGCAGCGCAGCCGAGGCCUUGGAUCUGACACUUGAUGAAGAUGCGGUCAUCAAGCCUGUUCACUCCAGUAUACUCGGACAGGAGUACUGUUUUGAGGUGAUAACUGCUUCUGGAACAAAGUGUUUUGCCUGUCGGUCGGCUGCGGAGCGAGACAAAUGGAUAGAGAAUCUGCAGAGAGCUAUCAAACCAAACAAAGACAACAGUCGACGUGUUGACAAUGUUCUGAAGCUGUGGAUCAUCGAGGCCCGUGAACUCCCACCCAAAAAGCGCUAUUAUUGUGAACUGUGCUUGGAUGACAUGCUUUACGCCCGCACCACCAGCAAACCCCGAACCGAUACUGUCUUCUGGGGUGAGCACUUUGAGUUCAACAACCUGCCAGCUGUCCGCAACCUCCGCCUUCAUCUUUACAAAGAGACAGACAAGAAAAGACGCAAGGAGAAGAGCACAUAUCUGGGCUUGAUCAGCAUUCCCAUUUCCAGCAUCACUGGUCGUCAGUUUGUGGAGCAAUGGUACCCCGUCAUUCAGCCCAGCGUCCUGGCCAAGGGUGGCGGUGUUGGAGGGGGCAAAAUCAUCAACGCCUCCCUGCGGCUCAAGUCACGUUUUCAGACCAUGAGCAUCCUGCCGAUGGAGCUGUAUAAAGAGUUUGCAGAGUAUGUGACCAACAACUACCGUACGCUGUGCGCCGUUCUGGAGCCGCUGCUGAGUGUCAAGAGCAAAGAGGAAGUGGCCUGUGCUCUGGUGCACAUCCUGCAGAGCACAGGGAAGGCCAAGGAUUUUCUUUCAGACAUGGCAAUGUGUGAGGUGGACCGAUUUAUUGAUCGAGAGCACCUGAUCUUCAGAGAGAACACCCUGGCCACCAAAGCCAUAGAAGAGUACCUCAAACUCAUCGGACAUAAGUACCUCAAAGACGUUUUAGGUGAUUUUAUCCGAGCGCUGUAUGAGUCAGAGGAGAACUGUGAAGUCGACCCAAUGAGGACUCCACCUUCUGUGCUGCCCGAACAUCAAGCCAACCUCCGGAUGUGCUGUGAGCUUGCCCUCUGCAAAAUCGUCAACUCUCAUUGUGCGUUUCCAAGAGAACUAAAAGAGGUGUUUGCAUCCUGGCGCGUUCGAUGCGCUGAGAGGGGACGAGAGGAUAUUGCAGAUCGACUGAUCAGUGGUUCCCUCUUCCUGCGCUUCCUGUGUCCAGCCGUCAUGUCGCCAUCCUUAUUCAACCUCACACAGGAGUACCCUGAUGAGCAGACCUCACGCACACUCACCCUCAUAGCCAAAAUUGUGCAGAACCUUGCAAACUUCUCAAAGUUUGGCAGUAAGGAGGAGUACAUGUGCUUUAUGAACGAGUUUUUAGAGAUGGAGUGGGGCUCCAUGCAGCAGUUCCUGUACGAGAUCUCCAAUCUCGACAGCGUGAGCAACGCAGCUGCUUUCGAGGGCUACAUCGACUUGGGAAGGGAGCUCUCGAUCCUGCACAGUCUUCUUUGGGAAGUCAUGGCACAGCUAAGCAAGUCUGUUUUUACCGUGCCAAAGGAUGCUAUCAUCAAACUCGGACCAUUGCCCCGCCUUCUGAAUGACAUCAGCAUGGCCCUUCGUAACCCUCACCUCCAGCGACAGCCCAGUCAUCAGACGGACAGACCGCCUCCAGAGAGACAGACAGACAGGCUGCUCUCCAGACCCAGCUUCAACAGGGGCAUCUCGUCUGAGUUCCAGAACCUCAUGAUGAGAGACCUCAACAGUUCAGUCGAGAUCACUCGCCUGCCCUCUCCAACCUCUGCCAUGUCCAGUGGUGGAGCGCCUCCGCCCCGGGCCGGAUUGGGGGGGUUUGCGGACCGCGAUCAUCCUCAACGGGCCUCAUCUAAAGACGUCUUCUAUGUUGCCCGUCCCCCGUUGGCCCGCUCUAGUCCAGCAUACUGUACUAGCAGUUCUGAUAUUACUGAUCCAGACCCAAAGGACUCAAGAAUGAACAGCGUCUCUAACCUGCAGUCUAUGGGGGACAUGCUCAACUCUUCCCAGGCCUCGAUUGCCGGCCUCCAGCACUACGGUGGGCUCGCGGGCUUGGGAGGAGGCCUCGGAGGCCAGCUGCGUGCCGGAGGGCGUAUGUCGGCCGGAUCCGGGUUCUCCAGCACCCGGGUCUCAUGAUGAUCCAGACAGAAACCAACCACCAACCACACACUCCCACAACAACAAAAACCCCCCUCUCCCCUACACCCCCUCCCCUCCAAAAACCCCCUUCACCAUCUGGCUGCUGACGGGCCUCAGCUUCACCACCAGCACAGUCGAGCUCAACCUCCUCCUCCUCUCCUGCUGGCCCCGGAGCCAGACGCUUCUCACCCCACUUACAUCCCGCAGUUCGCCCAUGGAGGUUUCUCCCGAAGCGAGGACCUCUCCACCCUCAGACCCGGCCCUCAUCUGGGUCAGCCGAGUAUUAUUCACUCCCACAGCUACAGCGACGACUACAGCCGCCAUAACCAGAGCGACUACGGGCGACGCCAGAUCCCCUUACACAUGCAGGAGCAGCAGCAGAUGGCAGGCAUGGCAUCGCAGACGGGGACAUCUCAUUCAUCGCUCGCCACGCCACCUUCCACCGUUCAGCCUGCCCGCCAAAGCUCCAUGGCUCCUCCCACGCAGCGCAUGAAAUCGCAACCCUCGCAUCAGCUUUCCGUGAGUUCUGCCGCCGCCGCUGCUCCUGCGGGCAAAACCAGGCCACAGAGCGGAAACCUGCUCCAGUCCCCGGAGUCCGGCUUCGGGGGCCGGCAACAGGGUCCUCGGCAGCAGCUGUCUGUCAAAGACAGCACCCCGCCUGGCCUGCCACAUCAGCAGAGCUCCACCAGAGAGAGCCAGGGAUCCCAGGGCUCUCAGGGCGGAACGCCGCAGUCCACACAGCAAUCCAAAUCACAUCAGGAACGGCAGCAGAUCCAGCAACAGCAUCUGCUCAAGCCUACCAUGAGCAAACAGGGCUCUUCCCAAUCUCCAUCCACUCUCAACCCUUCGAUCCCUGCCUCUGAGCGAACGGUCGCCUGGGUGUCCAACAUGCCCCAUCUUUCUGCUGACAUAGAGAGUUCCCGCAUCGACAGAGAAGAAUACAAACUCAAGGAGUAUUCAAAGAGCAUGGACGAGUCGCGUCUGGACAGGGUGCGUGAAUACGAGGAGGAGAUCAACUCUUUGAAGGAGCGUCUGAUGAUGUCACACCGCAAGCUGGAGGAGUACGAGAGGAGGCUGUUAACUCAGGAGCAGCAGACCAAUAAAAUCCUGCUGCAGUAUCAGAGCCGACUGGAGGACAGCGAGAGGAGACUGAGACAGCAGCAGAUGGAGAAAGACAACCAAAUUAAAGGAAUUAUUGACAGGCUCAUGGCUGUGGAAGACGAGCUGAGGGUAGGGGUGAUGCCUGAGCACAAACCCCGGAUGUUCGCAGACCAGGAAAAGCAGCUUUCCGCCUUGGGUUCACCAGACCCCGGUGUGAGUUUUGGAGGAGAAUUGACCAGCGCUUCUGGCGUUGUGGGAGUCUCCCAAUUGGACAAAUCCUCCACCCGAUCCCCCCUGAACGGAAUCUUGUCCUUCCCGUUAGCCUCCCCUCCUCAUUCCCAUCCAGCCAACAGAGAGUUCUCCAGCAAACAAAAAUCAGCAACGGCAUCGAGGGCAAGUUUGGAGGGGGAGCAGAUCAAUAAUAACGCUGACCAAAUCCAAGAGAAUUUUUAGGAAUUCCGAAGAAAAAUUCCCAUCUUUAAGGAUGAAGCUUCAGCGGAUGUUUUAUUUUGUGCAUUAGACUGAGGACAAGUGGGAGGUGGAACACACCAUUACUUGCACCAUCUAAAUCAAAAGGGCUCUCCAUUGGAUCCGAUAUGUUAUUCCAAAAUCACAUUUUCUUUGGAUCAAAUUUAAAAGCCCCUUGCACAUACAGUACCUCUGCCACCAUAGGUCAUCCAAACCAUUGGAAAGCACUUGGUUCAGGUUCCAGGUUUUUUUGACUGAGCUCCCUUAUAUUGUGUAAAAAAAAUCCCAAGAAGCUGGGAAUGACCCCAGGACCGGUGGGCAAACAAACUAUACGUAUGUUUCAAAGUGUAUAGAGAUCGAAAUUUGACUCACGAACACACAUGCCAGCUUUGUCUUGAGGAUUUUGUCAUGUCGUCUGGCUUCCCUAGUGCCUUUCUGUAUCUCCUGACAGGGUUUUUAAAUGAACACAAGAAUAACGACAGCAGAAUUACAGAAAUGUUUGUGCAAACGCCGCUCUCUUCUCCAGAUUGCUCACUUAGGACAGAUUGAUGUGUUCUUCUGCCUCAAUGUAAUGCUGAAAAUUUCCAGCUUUGGGAUACCACCAUGGCUGUGGGUUUUUUUGUGGACAAUGUCUGGAAAGUGCUUGUGGUCUUUGAAUUGCCUCACUAGACUGAACUUGUGCAAUGUUUUCUCUUCUCAAUCUCAGAACCUAUGUGUAUUUAACUGGUGCUAUGGAUUCUCAAAGCAUUGCUCUGUGUCACAUCACCGCCUCCCAUUUUGUUCAUAUGUGUCUUUGUCCUCCCAUUUAUCUCCUUACGAGCUGAUUUUGACUUUCACUUUCGUUCAGUGUGUGUCUGCAACAGGAGAUGAGCGCGAAGUGAUCUCUGUCAGGGCAAAAACUUUUUGUCUUUUUACUAAAACAAGAUGCUAGGCCAGAAUGCAGUUGUGGAUGUAAGGUGUUUUUUAUACAGAAACAUUUUUUUGUGUUUUGUCUUAAAAGACCGUUUAAAGUCAGCAUGAAAGUUAACAUGAAAGCAACCAAUUUUCCCUCCAUAAUGUUACGUUUUGGAGUAAAAUGGCAAGAAUUGACUUUAUUUUAACUAUUAUUAAAUUCAUUGGAUUGUAAAAAAAAAAUGGUUUUAUAUACUAGAAUGGAGUCUGGUAGCUAAAAACAAAACCGAUUUGUGAUGUUUUCUGAAAAGAAAGUUGUUUCAAAAGGUGGUGCAACUUGUCUUUGUUAAAAGAUUAUGAAAACAGCCCUGUUUUUAUAUAGAAUAGCAUGCACCAAAUAAUCAUCAAUAAGACGACUAAGAAUGUACAUUGAAAAAGUAGACGACUCGCACCAAAUAAUCAGUACAUUUACAUUUAUGCAUUUGGCAGAUGGAAAGCAUUUUUUAUUGCAUUCAAGGUUUACAUUUUAUCAGUUCACACAUUCUCUGGGAGGGAGUCGAACCCAUGACCUACUGUUAGAGCUAUGCUACAAAAGUUAACCAUGGGUCCAUUUUGUUUUUAUGUUGACUUUAAAGUUGCUCAAGCAUUUCUAAAGUAAUUUUUGGUAGCGUUGAAUGGUAAUUUUAGGAAAGAUCUUGUUAGAUAACAGACUUGGUUUGUAAAAUAAUCAGAUCUUAUGUACUGUACAGAAAUAUUGCUAGCUAUAAUUCCUCAUUUGAGUAUCGCUGCCAUCUGGUACUGAUUGUAUUCCUCAUCGCUCACUACAAGUUGUUUUAUUGUUUGCUUUACGAUUAAUCAGUUCAUUGUCAUGUUUCUACAGACUCAAGACAUUCUCAUGGCUUCGCUGAUACAAGUCAUUCAUUUGUAACUCAAUUCAUUGUUGAUUGCCUUGUUGUUGCAUUGUAACCUGAUACAAGUUGUAACAGCUACACCAAUACAGCAGGCCUAGAUGAGAGCGAGGAGAUUUAAGUCGUAACUGCACAAUAAAAACACUGAGCUGUACUGUAAUAUUUAUAUAGAUUGGGAAGGCACUAGAGAGGAGAAUGGACUGAUUGCCUUUUUAGCUUUUAAGAGCUUCGAGGGCUAUUUUUAAGUGACUUCUACUCCAUUUAGUAAUAAUAAACAGGCGAUUUUGUUUAUGUCCCAAAAGCGGUUGAGAAAAAGUGGGAUAACAGGGUUAUCAGCUGAAAAAAUGUGCCAUGACAUGAAUAUACCUCAGACGUAGAAUCGAAUGACUCAGGUAAACAUUCAAUUGCCUCACAGUUUAACGCAAACUGGAUAGAAAAAAUAAAUAAAUAAAUACUCAUUUUAAGUUGCCUGUUUUGGUAGUUAGUCCAUUUCUUCUCUGAGAUUAGUAGCAGUGAUUGGUCAGCGGCUCAUCAAGCACCUCCUCUUUUCCCUGCAUCUCCAGCCAAUCACAAAGCUUCGUGGAGGACAAUCUGGAACCUAACUGGAGGCCUCACCUUGGACAUUCUUCAGGUUGGCCAGGUUUUAAUUCCAGGGCGCUGUCUCGCGAUUCGGUUGGUUGACAGAGGAGAAACUGAGGCUUUGACUCUGCGCCAGAGCCGAUCCAAAGAAAAAAUAUAGGUUCCCUUCCUCUGAUGUGCCCUCUCUCUGGUAUAAUUCGAUAUGAUGACCGUUUGGGAUGCUUAACGUCUGUCAGAUGUCAGAGAGAUGACAUCGCAUGCAGCGCAGUGGUUCACUGAGAGAGCUGGAGAGGUUCUGAGGAUCAGAUCAAUCUCAAAGGUGCUGUUUUUUAGGUUCUUUACUAACUUCGUGUAGGAUAUUGAACAGUCCUCUACUCCUCAUUAUGAUCUUCAUAUGCCACAUUAGCUCUGCCUGUCAUACCUGCCUGUGUCUCAAUCAUGUCUUUUAUUUUGGGGAAACUGAAUAUGCACAGCCAUUUUUUUUUUCCUCAAGAGACGCUGAUUUGUCCUUCAGCAGAUUUGAUAAGAGGCUGGAAAUAUCCGAACUUUUGUUUCCUGGUGGUUUUCUACUUCUUGACUGGACCUCACCCAGAUGAGAUCACGUAUUUACAUGCUGGUAAUGUGAGACAAGAACUUUUGAUCCGUAAAUUUAUGUGACAAUCUCUUUGCAAAGAAAAAUCGACAACCUGUUAUUUUACCUGCUCCCCCUCCCCGCACUUUGCUACAUCUUGGAUCCUCGCAGACUCUUUGUAUGUGAAAGAAAGAUGGAUUCUUUUACUUUUUAAUUCUCUUUCAUUUUGCUGUGGAGUUCUUGAUUUCAUGGACGAUACCGUUUGGAUGUGGAAUCCUCUUAUUUAGAAAUUUGGCAGUCGCACGUUUGUAGGAUUGUGGGUAGUUUUGCGAAGCCAAGUUGCUGUUUUAAAUUGAACUUUAUUUCCUUGUUUGGAUGCCAUUGCCGGGCAACACGGACAUUUCUCUGCUUCCUUUUUAAACCACUAGACAAAAAUAUAAAUGUUGAGAGAUCAUGCAGGUCGAAAUAAUGUUGUGGGUGACUGUGUGUAUAUACAGUGUGUGUACAGUCUUUGUGUAUAUACUGGAUGUAUGGAUGGUUAUAUAUAAUAUAAAUAUAUAUAUAUAUAUACAUAUACAUGUAUUUUGUACAUAAGAUAUGUUUGUAUAUGCAGUGUACAGAAUGUGUUCUUUUACACCGAUUUCCCUUUUUCUCAAUAUGUGGAAAAAGAAAAAGCAGAUCAGAACUUUGUGGGAAUGAAAACUCACAUUGGCGACUCGUCGGCAGAGUUAUUCGAAGCACUUUUCGCUCAGGCUGAUUGUACGCAGUCUGAAACUUACAAUGCAUCACCGUGAGUCCGCCACACGCUUUGCCGGUCUAAAGUUGCACUCAUUUUCUCACUGAUUGAGGUGUUUUGUAACAGAGUCUGGGUGACCAAGCAAUGCUUGUACAUAAAUAUAUAAGCUUAAUACCUACUGUAUGUUUGCAAAUAUCAACUUUUCCAGACAUGAGUCACCUGCUAAUCUUUGCAGUUUUGCAUCGCCACUUGCUUUCAAUCUCAAUGCGAUGCCGUGCGUCAGAUGAGGUUUUUUAGGAUCGCUGUAGAAGGUCGAUCUCGUGAGAAGACGUCCCCAUUUUACUCUGCUGAUCUUUUGUAUGGCCUGAUGCUUUAUUCCCUCAUUACUUGCCUAGCAACUCUUCCAUGCAAGUAAUCGCUUCUUUGUCCCCUGUAAAUUAAUGGAGUUCCCAUGAUGUGCCUCUUUUUAAUAAACUUCAGUUGGUCUAUGUCAGCCAUAAGCCAAUCACAGUCAUCUUUCUUGACAAGCCAUAAGCCCCGCCCCUAAAUUUCCAUUUUUGAAAAGGGCAGACACUUGGGAAUUUUAUUUCUUUUUGUAUAUAUUAAUAGAAAGAGUGGUAUGUCAGAGUGUUUUGCCGAUGUUUUUGGAUUUGUUAUGAAUGUUGAUAUUCUGGUUAUUGAAUUAUGAUUAUUAUUGUAAUAAUAUAAUGACUGCUGUUAUCAUUUCAUCAUUCUUUAGUUUAUUCAAUACUGUUAAAGACUUUCAUUUCUUUAUGAAUAAAUCGGAAUUUAUAUUUUUCGGGUGGGCUAAUUAUAGAAAUUAAAUCAAUUAAACAGAUGAAUAAAGAAAUAAAUUCUUAUUGAAUUCA